AUGGAAACGCCAAUUGAACUUAGAGAAGUAUCUCCUGAACCGAUGACGCUAGAUGAUUUGAAUCUAAUAGCAAAGGAGAAAGGAGUACCAAAUUAUAUGCCGCACAAACGCAACCCUAUACUACUGAAAAUUCUAUACUACUUACUCAAGGUGCAAAAAUAUUCAGCAUAUACGUUUUCAAGUUUUCUCGGGUUACACUUAACAUCUGUGGUUAUAGUUCCAGGUUUGGGUGUGCCUAUGCCGCUUGCGCAAGAAAUAUUUGAGAUGAGCAGAGCUGUUUAUCAAUCUAUCCCACACUUUGAAAAUCUUAUAAUUAUUGGAUCAAGCAUUUGUCAUGUUUGUUCUGGUAUAGGGAUUCGGCUUAUCAGAAGCCGCCUUAAGGAAGGUGAGAAGCAUCGUUCCAAAUUGGUCUAUGAGCCAGUAAUCAAAAAUGACGAGAGAGAUGAUAUAGGCCUAGGUGGCAUCACAGGACUAAUUGGCUUGGGAUAUAGAAAGUCCAUGAUAUCGAGGCUUAUACCAGGUUUGAGUCCCUUGCUGUUUUCGGGGUACUUGUUGCUUCCAUUGAUAGGGUACCAUUUCACAAAAUUCAGACAGAUUCCCAGCGUUAUUGAUGGAGAUUCCAGCUUGAUCAACUUGGACUAUAUUACAUACUAUUUAAACAAGUCGCGAUUAGAGAAGAUCGGGAAUGUCAUCAAUUACGUGGCUCUAAUGGGUUUGGUUGUGAUAGGAUCUUACCAUUUCGUCAGUGGCUAUUUGAAAUUAAAUCAUAAAUAUAGCUUGAACUAUAAAAAAAUAGGAUAUACAUUCAUCGGUGGACUCAGCAUAUUAGGUUGCAUCAGUCUCAUAAGAUUUAAGAGCUUACCAUUGGUGGAAGGGUUUAUAGGAAAACUGUUCACUAAUUACGUGAAUUAUUUAGCUGUAUAA